AAUGUAUAAUUAAGGAAAUAAUAUACUCCAAUUAUCAGGGAGUUAGACUUAUUUCUGUAUAUUUGAAGGCCUAUUCAUAAUCUACUCUCUCACAUUGUCCUGGUUUCAAAUACUUUUCUUAAUAGUCAAUUAUUAAAUGGCCUCAUUUGAAUGA